UGGAAAUGGUGACAGGUUUAUUAAAAGUCUUGUUAGAAGUUAAAAAGUUUGAUAAAUAUCAGCAAAUAAUUUCUCUAGAAUCAGGGGAGACUUAAAUCCUGUGCAGGACAGCAGAGAGUCUGGGGGAGGAAGUGAAAAACCAGCAACACUCGAUCUUUUAACUACAGAAAGUCACUCUAAUAUUCAGCAAAAGAAGGACCCCUGUCACAGGGAGGAUCGGUUCAGAGUGAUGAAUGAUUUCGCCAAAGGUCAGCGUCUGUCUUACCCAGGAAAUACAAAUAUAGUCAUCUUGAAAGGACCUGGCAACACAAGACCUACUAACCCCCAUGGACAAAACACAAGUGAUUUAGAGAGGAGAAUAAAUCUUCCUCAAGAUGUAAUAACCUUUAUUAAAUCCAGUAAUGCCGUUCGUAAGUACCAGACACUCUUCCAGCAGCGGUUCAGGAAUCCCGUGUUCAUAGAGGUCGGGUCAGACUUGGUCUUGUUUUGUAAGUGCCCUCAUGACCUGGAUGAGGCUCAGGCACAAUUGGUGGGGGAUCUGAGUGUGGAGAUUGAGAAGCUCCAAGGCGCUGCCGCUGUUCCUCCAGAUACAGACAGAAUCAAAGAAACCCUCAUGAAAGCCAAGACGGACCUAAACCGUGAUGAGCUCAGGGUGGACUUCAGCUUCAUCCCUGGGCAAGGUGCAACCACGGUGGCCAAAGUACGCCUGGUGGGCUACACUGAAUAUGUGAAGAAUCUCAGAGGUGUUCUUCAGGAUUACCUGUUGAAUCAGGUUUUUACAACAGAAGUGCUGAACCUGCAACAUCCUGAAAUGGUUGACUGCUUUGGCAAAAUCCUAGAACUGAUUAGCAUUAAGCAAACACAAGUUACUUUGAAACAAUCCCUUCUUCCCAAGCCCUGUGUAGCUAUCUCUGGCCCCCGUUGCCACGUGCAGGAGGCCCAUAAGGCUCUUAGGUCCGGAUUAGCCAGUCUGACAUUGGAAAAGUUGGUUUUAGAUGGUCCGGGAGCUGUGCGUUACUUCCAGGCAGAAGGUAAAACGAGCAAAGAACUGGUUGAGAGCUCCUGUAAAGUUCUGAUCCAGGAACAUCAAGUAUCAGCACCAAGACAAUUUAUUUUUUCAACCACAAGUCUUCGUCAUAUUACAAAAACCAGUCAGCAAUCCUCUUUCCUGUUUGUGGGCCUUCAAAGAAAAAAUGUUGAUGAUGCCCUAACAAAGAUAAAGAAUCUGUACCAAGACCACAGCGCCACAAAAACUUUCACCAAUCAGGAUCUGGCAGACCUCACAGAGGAAGACAUGAAAAAGUUGAUGAACCUAGUAAAGACUCAGGACUUGUAUGUACAGGAGGACCCCUUAAGCCAGGGAGGCUUGACGGUGAGCGGGUUGAAAGCUGGUGUCAACCAGGUGGACCAGAUGCUCCAAACACUCAUUCCUCUUAAGAAAGAAAUGAGAGCCAAAGAGGAGGAAAAUCUGUACCCUCGCAUAGCUUGGUGUAUCCUGGGACAAAGCGGUACCUGGGAGAGGCUCCCCAAAACAGGCAAUUAUAAUCUGGAAAAGCGUAACACCACAAAAAGCAUAGUGGACGCAUACAGGGUUACCUGGAGUGUGAAUCUACUGAAGAUGGAGGCCAGAAGAGAUUUAACUGGACAGACGGCCAAGUUGAAACGACUUGAGAAUUUGCCAGACUUUACAUUUCCGCUGUACUGGGACAAAAUGUCUAGUACUGAAUGUUUGGAAGAAGUGCUGCUGGAUCCUUCAUCUGCAGAGUAUCGAACCGUCCAGCAGGCAUUCAACAAAACUGCCCAAAACACCAUUGUGAAGAUUGAACGCUUGCAGAACGUUCACCUGCGGCGCACGUAUGAAAUGCAGAAGAAACACAUCUCUGAAAAGAACAAAAAUGAAGGUGGAGUAGUUGAAAGACUUCUGUACCACGGGACAAGCCAGGAAAACCUCAACUCCAUCAAAACCAAAGGGUUCAACAGGAGCUUUUCUGGAAGAAAUGCUACUUUAUAUGGUCAAGGCACCUACUUUGCUGUAAAUGCCAGCUACUCAGUGGGCUACUCCAAACCUGCAGCAGACGGUACUCAAACCAUGUUCGUGGCCCGAGUCCUGACAGGCCUUUUCACUCUGGGCCGUAACGACAUGAGGAUGCCUCCGCCUCGCAACAGCCAGCAACCCGAUGACCGCUACGACAGCUUGGUGGAUAAUAUCAACAACCCCACCAUGUUUGUUGUGUUCCACGAUAACCAAGCCUACCCAGACUACCUCAUCACCUUUCGUUAAGCACAUGUUUAAAAAAAACAGCCUGUUGAUUUUUUUGCACAUGUACCAAUUCAUACGUUUGGGGUUUCUGUUGUUCCUAACCUAAUGUUUUGUGCCAACAAUGUUUCUGUUCAUACACGCCUCGGAGACUUAAUUCACAGUCUUUGACAGCUGGAGAUUUAAAGUCGUUCGCCGCAGGACUGAAGGCAUCGCCCAGAUUAGAGACUCAUCCUCCUGAGAGCUGCAGCUGCAUUUUUAACUGAGAUUAAAGGCCUUAUCUCACAAACACUAAUACCUGAAGAAAAGGUUCUGUACCAUAGGUAACCAGUUAGCGUCCCCUGGUUUGGAAGAAAAAUUAGCAAAUAUAUGACGAUGUGAGGAAGGAAUUCAGUCUACCUAGCAACAUUAUGGCUUUCUGUUAUAAGAUAGCAUUGAGGAAAAUUGCAGCCGGGAUGCCACAGGGAUCUUUUUCAGAGACAGUGAAGAGCUAGCGCUGUUGUCUAGACAUAUGAGGCAAUGUAUGAGCCGCUAAAACCAUUAAGCUGAGUCGGCAGCUGAAUUAGCAGUUUUCUCCUGGCGAUUAACAUGCUGUGAUUUGUUGUUACGGUGGUAAUUAUGUGAGAUGAGAUGGUUUAGAGGAGACAUUUAUUUUUUAAUAUUUUGAAACUUCAUUACAAUUGAUAAUUGAUGUUGGCUACUAUAGUCAAACUGUGUUUUGUCUACUAGAGAGAUGUUGGAAAAGCACAGAGUUUUUCUGUUAAAUCAGCUCAGUGUCAUCUGAGUCCUUUGUCUGUUCCUGUAAUGUUAAAUCAGAGGACAACAGGAUUGUUUACAUGUGCAAUGCUUACAGCAUGUUUGAAAAUGUAACAUAUUCAGAACACCUGGGUGCUGGAGUUCUGUAAUAUCACCUUGGCGUUCUCUAAGUCCGUACAAGAAACUUAUAAAGUACCUAAAAACAAACCCUUAGCCAGCUUGGUUGAAUUAGGGGUGGAAAACAUGUGAGAACGUGGUCAGUACUGCCAGAGUCCUGGCAGCAGCAGACUGUAAAAGCCUCAACAUGUAAGGAGUUUUUGCUCUCAGAUGUUUAAACUGCAUUGCAAUAAUUCAGACAUGGCAAAAGUAUAAACAGUUUUUCUACUAUAAGGGCACAAAAUUGGGCAAAACUUAGAGAAGCCUCAAUUUGACCUGCUCUGCAAGUGAUCCACAACAGUUACACUUUUCCUUUGGUAUACUGACAUUAACACAAGUGAUGGGCUAACCCAUUUUUCUAAGCUUGUUGAAAUUCAGGUCAUGCAAUCAUUUAUUGACAAAAUAAAAAAAAUG